CGACCUCCAACCCCAACUUCACUUCCUAUAAUUAGCCAUUGUCAUCUACUGAAACAACCCAUUCAUAGAACAUUACAGCUCCUUUCAAACAAAUAUGGUCCAAUCGUGAAUCUUUCAUUUGGAAACCGCUGUGUGCUACUCAUGUCCUCUCCAUCAGCCGCCGAAGAAUGCCUUUCUAAAAAUGAUAUUCUCUUUGCCAAUAGGCCUCGGCUUUUUGCUGGCAAGUACUUGAACUAUAACCAUACGACAAUGGCCGCUGCUUCUUAUGGUCCUCAUUGGCGCAAUCUUCGCCGUCUUGCUGCGCUUGAUAUCUUCUCAACGAAUCGCCUCAACAUGCCUUUGGGAGUUAGAAAGGAUGAGGUUAUAUUUUUACUGAAAAAUCUUUAUCACAGUUCAUGCCAAAAUUUCGCAAAGUGGAGAUGAGGUCAAAGCUAUCCGAACUUUCUUUUAAUAUCAUCAUGAGGAUGGUUUCUGGGAAAAGAUAUUUUGGGGAAGAAGUCGACCACCCAGAGGAGUCUAAAUGGGUUUUAGAAAUCGUAAGGGAGAUUUUUUGUGUGUGGAGCUUCAAAUCCAGGAGUUUAUUUACCCUUUUUACGAUGGGUGGAUUACAAUGGCUACAAAAAUAGGGUAAUAAGACUGCAUCAGAAGUCUGAUAGAUUCAUGCAGAGUUUGAUUGAUGAGCAUCGAAAGACAAGGAAUUCUUCAGAUGAAGGAGGAAGAAUCAAGACGAUAAUCGAUUCUAUGAUGUCUCUACAAGUGUCCGACCCAGAAUCCUGCUCUGAUGAAAUUAUCAAAGGCGCUGCUAGUUGCGGGAACAGACACAUCAUCUGUAACUGUAGAAUGGGCAAUGUCACUUGUGCUGAACCAUCCUGAUGUGCUAAAGAAAGCCAGAGUUGAGCUUGACCGUCAUGUUGGCCAUGGCCGUUCAGCAGAAGAAUCUGAUUUGGCCAAGUUGUCGGACCUCCAAUGCAUAAUCAAUGAGACCCUUCGGCUGUUCCCAGCAGCACCACUUCUAGUGCCACAUGAAUCAUCCGAUUACUGCACAAUCGGAGGGUACGAUGUACCACCGUCAGCAAUGUUAAUUGUCAAUGCAAUGGCCAUUCAUACAGAUCCCAAGGUGUGGGCGGACCCUGAAAGUUUCAGGCCAGAGAGAUUUGCAGGACUGGAAGGUGAAAUUGAGGCGUAUAAGUUAAUACCACUUGGGCAAGGAUGAAGAUCCUGCCCUGGGGCUGGCCUUGCCAAUAGAGUAAUGGGGCUAGCAUUAGCCAGUUUAAUUCAGUGCUUUGAGUGGGAGAGAAUUGGUGAAGAGGAAGUGGACUUGACAGAAGGAACUGAUCUUACAAUGCCUAAGGUGAAGCCAUUAGAGGCUCUGUGCAAAGCUCGCGAGUGCAUGUUAAAUGUCCUUUCAAAACUCAUGGGCUUAAUUUUAAACUGUUUGCCAAUUCUAUGCUGUAACUUUAGUAAUAUUUGUAUUAUGAAAUUUUCUUUCUUAACUA